AUGGCAGAGCUGAGGGCUGAGACACAACACGGCGGUCUUUGGUCCAACUAUGGCAACCCGGUGCAGCAGAUGACGGGCCGGUUCAACCCGCAGGACCCGUCGGUAUCCAUGGCGGCCCCGACUUCGUCACAUCUUGUCCGUCCGCGGAGCCACACGAUGGACUAUGCACCGUACCAGCCGGGCCGGCCCGGGCAGGAAGACGGCGAGCCGUACGACAGAUACCCGCAGCCGUCCAUGAACAUCCCCAGCAUAAACAGCCUGAAGCGGCCGUACUCGCAAGUCGACCAGGCGCCGUACACGGAGAUGGUGCAGGACCUGCGGGACGACUACAAGCCGCCCAACCACGACCAGAAGCUCCUGUCGUUCAAGAAGGUCGGGGACAAGCACACCAUCGUGGACGGCAAGGGCCGGAUCCACGAGAUCGAGAUCGACGCGCAGCUGCACGGCAUGUUCUUCCUCUCUGAGUUCCCCUCGGCGACGGGCGACGGCAACGUGCUCAGCGCCGAGCUGACGUGCUACCGGCGCAACCUGUUCCAGAUCAGCGGCAGCAUCUGCUUCCCGCAGAUCCCGCUCUCGGUGCUGCUCGAGUCGGGCGAGACGAGCCCGAUCAAGAGCAUGGAGGUCAGCAUUUCGGCCAUCGAGUCCGUCGACGGCCACCCGGUGCGCCUCAUUGUGAUCCCGUGGAAGACGCCGCCACCGAACUCGCCCGAGGUCAACCAGGCGCCGGACCAGGAGCCGCCCACGCUGCCGCUGAUUCCGCCGUCCGAGGAGGAGGAGGAGACCGGGGGCGACCACUACGCCAUCUACCCGAUCGGGUGGCGGCGGCUGCAGUUCAGGAUAGCCACGGCAAACAACGGGAGGAGAAAGGAGCUCCAACAACACUUUGUGCUGCACCUCAAGCUGCACGGGACGCUGGCCAACGGGCAGAAGCUGGUACUCUCGGAGCUGACGACAGCGCCGAUCGUGGCGAGGAAGGAGAUUCCGCUGCUGGGAUCGAGCGCGGGAUCGCGGGGACAGACGCUGGUCGAGACGGGCCACGGCAUUGUGGCGCAGGCCGUCAUCCUGAACAAGCCGCCAUACGACUCGAGGCCUCGCUUGUCGAGCUUGGAUGUGCCCCGGUCGGCCUUCACCUUCACGGCGCCGAAACAAAUGCCACAGAGCCCCAUGCAGAUGCGGUCCAACUCGUACCCGACAACAUGGAACCCCCAACCACAAGUGUCGAUGCCGCACACGCCGGGAUCGGCCACCUACCCGGCCUCGAGCCUGCCGGCCGAACCGUACCCCAAGAUGCCGCUCUCCGGCACGGGCAGCUUCACCGCCGAGCCGCAAGAGCUGCCCAUGCAGCCAACGUCGAUGGCGUCGGUACAAAUGCCGCUCGCAGCAGCAGGAGCAGCAGCGACCCACGACCCGCAUCAACAGCCGCAGCACCAUCACCACCAGCACCACCAGCAACAGCCGCAGCCGCCCAUCCGUACCCAAUACGCAGCCUACUCAUCGGCCCCGCCACACCAUCUCUCGCUCUCGACGACAGCGGGCCCAACCUCCCCGGACAACUCGCUCGCCGUGCCGCGCUACAUCGGCGACACCAACCCGCGCCCGACCAAGUCGCCGCGCCACGCAAGCCACCAGUCGGUCGCCUCGUCUAUCUCCAACGAGACCGCCACGGGCGAGUACCGCUACGGGCCGCCUCCACCACAAGGGGCAUACCCCGGCCCGGCGGGCGGUGCCGGUGCCGAGCUCUCCGCGCAGUCGCAGCAGCAUCCGGGCGCUGCUCUGCCCCCGCCCCCGCUCUCCCACCCGCAUGCGCAGGGCGGUUCUGAUGGGUCGGUGCAGCAGCAGCCGACAGGGUCUGGCGGACGGGACUAUUACCCCUCGAGCCAUUCGGCCUGGACGACCACGGCGACGGCGGCAGACGGGUCGUCGUACAACACGGGCGGUUCCGGCGGGGGCGCAGCUCCGGCGCAGGGCGGUGGCAGCGCCGGGGCUGCUGAUCGGCCGUAUGGCUACCCUGUCAAGCAGGAGCCGCAUGCGCACCAUCCGGGGACGGCGGCCACCACGGGGAAUUACGGGUGGAAUCCGGCGUAG